AUGACAAGAACAAACGUUUUCUCCCGGGAUGACCAUGAACCGCUGCUUUCCUCUACUAGUGAAGAACUGAAGCCUGAAUUUGAAGACAAUGAGGAUGUUAGGUAAUUUUUUUAAGUUUGAAAAACAUAUUUCUUCCCAUCUUUUUUCAAAGUCUGACGGUUGAAAAAUUUUUGCUUGUUUUUCCGUCUGGCCACUCUCCGCGCUUCACAUGUUCUCUCGGCGACAAAGAUCGUUCAAUAUCUCGGCAGUGGCUUCAAAGCGCUAGUUAAAUUUUCAGAGAUUGAUAUGUUGGGGUACCUUCUUUGUAAAUAGUAUAUCCCUUGCUCCAUGUCUUUCUUGAUAUUACAUUAGCUACCGUAAAAGUGUAAUAUCUUUCUCUUAUCAUCUUCCAAAUUUUAGAGACACUCAAAGCUGUGCCACUUCUAAAUUAGCUAUUGCUAUAUUGUUGACGUCGGUAUGCCCCUUGAUUAUUGUGUUAACCACCUUCCAUUAUCUAUAUCCCCACACGCCGAAUGAAUCUAAUGAAUCUACACUUAAUGCAGCGUAUAACACCUCUCAAGAAUAUGUGAUUCUCGCAUCCGACUCGAAUCUACAUUAUGUGCUGACUAUUCCGUUUGCUGUUCAGCAUUGGCGAAAUUUAAACGUCUCUUCGAUUGUAAUGCUUUGUGGAACCGAAGCGGAAUAUGCGAAUAAUCGUGCGACAAGAGAAGUUGUCGCAGAACUUCAGCGGUUGGGUGUAAGUUCAAUUUCAGUCAGUCCAUGAAGUCAGUCGGUCGACUGAUUUUUGGCGCUUUCACUGACAGAGGAAGUACCCCAAAUGUGACGCACAGCUUUUGAUGAAACUCGGCACAAAUUUAGAAUAAUUUCUUCUAGGAUAUAUGCGAGAAUCCUAGCUCGCGCUUUGCAGAAACAAUCGAGAUUUUUAGAUCGAAAGUCGGCAAAAAAUUGACACUUUUUACCAAAUUUUGACACGAGAAGUUUCAUACCUAAUUCUGCUGCUGAGAGUAAUGUUUCCAGAAAAAAUAAGAAAUUUUCGCCCCGUUAUGGCCAAAAAGUGUUCUUCUCUCUGAUCGCUCUCUCUCAGGGAGAUCGUUGAAUAUCUCGGCAGCGCCUGCAAGGCGCGAGCUAAAAUUUUCAUAAAUUGAUAUCAAGUAAAUUCCCGUUGUGUGUGCAGCAUUUAAAGAAAAUCUGAGGUACUUCCCUUGUGAGCGAAAACAAAGUUCACUUUGCACUGUGCAGUUUCUCGCUUUUUGCACAGUGGGAAGAGCUUUUUUGGGCUGUCGCUCGCCUGACGUUUUUUGCACAGUGCAUGUCCCCCGAACCUCAGACCUUUCAUCGGGCUGGAAAACUGGAGCUACUUGAAUUUUAAGAUAAAUCUUUAAGCUAGAUUCUUUCUACGUAUGCUCGCUUAUCUAAAGGGAUCAAUUAAAAAACCCCUUUUCGCAGAAACCCCCAUAACGCAAAAUUUUAAAUCCGUCGUUAAAUCCGCGGCAAAAAGCACUUCAAAGCUCAUGAAAUUUAGUCUUUUCAGAUACCGCAUGAACCUCAAAAUUCAAACAAUUUCAGGCAGUCGUAUUGUACUUUAAGAACAACACGCUGAAGUCGAACAAUUUCGCCCAAAACAUGCGCAAUUUUGCCGCUGCCACUUCAUUCGUUCAACGGCAUCCGUCAAACUCAACAAUUUUGAUAACAUCGGAUGUUGAUUAUUUCCCAUUCCGCAAAGAGGAUCAUUUUCCGGAUGUCAGGCAUGGAAUGAGGAUCGUCGUCUUCAAUCCGGACUGUUGUAAGCCGCAGAGAUGGAAAAAAUUAAGUUUUCACCAAUAUCCAAUGUCUACAAUUGCGAUGCCGGCUCAGCUGUGGAAGGAGGUUAUGUGUAUGGCAUUUUGGUUAAUUUUGGAUACGCUAGUUAAUUGUCGAAUUCUUACCACAAUUAACUACAGUGGGGGGCAUGACUCAGUGGCAAAAAACGUACCAUUUUGCAUCCGGGAAGUAUCAAAAAUGUGGCAAAAUGCUUCCCUCUCCAAGCGAAGUGAAAAAAACUCUGAUUUCAAAAGCGCGCUCGCUCUUUUUAUGAGGGAAAGGGCUUUCACUUUUAAAGGGAAACAUUUUGCCACAUUUUUGAUGCUCCGUCACCGUACCCGUGAAACAAUGUUUAAAAUCUCCCUUUGUCCCUUCUCGCCCUUUUCGACUGCCCAAAAAACCUUCUGCAGUGUGAAAAAAGCAAGAAAUUGCACAGUGCAGAGGGAACUUUAGUUUUUACAUAGUGCCGAAUUUGCUCCAACGACAACAAACUAUCAGUCUGUCGGGAAAAUAAUGGGCACAAUGUCGCUGCGCCGAUUGCGUCGGUAAAGCGAGGCAAUUUCAUUUUUUCGCGACACAAUUCAUCUUCUUGGCAUUAUUUCCUCGACAGACUGAUAUAUAUUCUACAUAGUAACCUGUCAGCACCUCUAAAGUUUGAUCUUCAGGGAUCCUGCCCAAUGAUAUCGCCACUGGCGAAUAUAUGGAAGCCAAAACAAACCAAAUGUUCGACGGCCAACUAGACCAAUAUUUGCACAAAAUUAACUGGCUUUGGUAUCUUGAUCAACGACUAUUUGGACUGCAAUUCUAUCGAUUGAUGCAGAAACAUCCCGAAUAUGAAAAAUUAAUUUCUGGCCAUUCGCUGAAGAAAAGAAUUGGUCGAGGGUUGACGCCGGAAGAGAUCUCAAAAAUUGAUAUCAGGGAAUACGACGACGCUCAUAUUUCACCGGCGAUUUACAACGAAACAAUUUGGCGGACUAACAGGGUUUUCUUUCGCAAAAUCUUCAGUGAAGAUCAAGCGAUAUUAUUGGAGAAUUAUAGGAAUCGGGCCGUCAAAUUUGUUAAUGCUACGGAGAUCGCUGAAAGGCAUUUUCAUCCAGGAUAA